AUGGCAAGAAUAGCUUUAGUGGGUGAAGGAGUUAUUGGCUUGUCUACUGCCUUAGCUAUCCAAAAGCUAAGUCCAUCAGCUAGACUAACAAUCUACUCUGCUGAUCCAUUUGAAAGUACCUGUAGUUACGGGCCUGCUGGAUUAUUCCGUGUAGAUAACAUAGGUCAUGAGGUGAAUCGGAAGUAUGCUAAAGAAACCCAUCACUGGUUUUCGAGCCUGUGUCGAAAGUUCCCAGGUUCCUUAACAGGUGUUAAGCUUCUCUCGGGCCACAUUCAGUCAGACGAUAAGAAAAGCCUGGAAAUGCAGGAACUUGCCAACAAAGAUCUGGUUUACAACUUUCGAUGGUUGACAGACAAAGAGAUUAAAGACCAAUUCGAGAACCCUGCCAAAUACUGCGUUCACUUCAGCGCAUUCGGAGCCGAAGGACAGAAGUAUGUUCCAUUUCUACGAGAUCAGCUUAAGGACGUGCAGAUCAUCAACAAGAAAGUAGAAGAUCUUGAUGAGCUGGGAGAACAAUAUGAUGUGGUUGUAAAUUGUGCCGGCUUACAGGCAGGAAAAUUGGCUGGAGAUGACGACAACAUGUUCCCCAUCCGAGGGAUAGUAUUAGAAGUUAAAGCUCCAUGGCACAAACACUUCCUCUACCGCGACUUCGACACGUUCACUAUUCCUAAAGAAAACGUAGUGGCUUUGGGUUCUGUUAAACAACAAGGCAAUUUUUCGAUGACGGCCACGAAAGAUGAAAUCGAAGAGAUUAUGGAACGAUAUUGUCGAUUACAGCCAGCCAUGCGAGAAGCUGAAAUUCAAAAAGUGUGGUGUCAUUUGAGGCCAGCUCGCAAGGGCGGCAUUCGGUUAGAGAAACAGACAAAAACAACGAAGAGUGGGAAGGAGUAUACUGUCAUUCACAAUUACGGACACGGUGGUUCCGGGUUUACACUGGGUUGGGGGACCGCUCUUGAAGCCGCGAAAAUGUUUGCAGGAGAAGUGAUAGCUAAGGCCAAGUUAUGA